GGCCACUUCCUGGUCUGGUUUGUCGGGGGAACGCAGAGCAGCAUCAAAUAUGGCUUAUUAUCGACCAACAUUUUGUUCAUUUAGGUUUUACAUUGUAAAACAAUAGGAGCUAUCGUGCACAAAGAGAAGGCAGAGAGCCGGUGGUAGUUGUCGCGAGCAGUGUUAACACUCUCGUCGCACUACGCACAGCUUGCUCUCUCCAGUGUGCUAGCUAGCUAGCUCACAUAGUAAAUAUUAGUUAGCCUAGCUAGCUUGCUUACUGUUGAUUGCUAAAAUGGCCACCAUGGAGAAAUUGAUGAAGGCCUUUGAGUCUUUGAAGUCAUUCCAGCAGCAGCAGGGACCACCAACCGCUGAGGAGCUUGUCCAGAGGCAGAAAAAAGAACAGGCUACUACAAAGAAGGACAGGGUCACCCACUGUCUGACAAUAUGUGAAAACAUCGUGGCUCAGUCUCUGAGAACGUCUCCAGAGUUUCAGAAACUGCUGGGCAUCGCUAUGGAGAUGUUCCUGCUCUGCAGUGAUGACAGCGAAUCAGAUGUCCGGAUGGUAGCUGACGAGUGCCUGAACAAAAUCAUUAAAGCACUGAUGGACUCCAACCUGCCUCGACUGCAGCUGGAGCUGUACAAAGAAAUUAAAAAGAAUGGUGCCUCUCGGAGUCUGAGGGCGGCUCUGUGGAGGUUUGCUGAGCUCGCUCACCUCAUCAGACCACAGAAAUGCAGACCCUACCUGGUGAACCUGCUGCCGUGCCUCUCCCGAAUCACCAAGCGGCAGGAGGAGACUGUGCAGGAGACUCUGGCUGCUGCGAUGCCCAAGAUCAUGUCCGCCUUGGGGCACUUCGCCAAUGACGGCGAGAUCAAGGUGCUGCUGAAGUCGUUUGUGGCCAACCUGAAGUCCAGCUCCCCGACCAUCAGACGCACAGCAGCCAGCUCCGCCGUCAGCGUGUGCCAACACUCCAGACGUGCCAGCUACUUCUACACCUGGCUCCUUAAUGUGCUGCUGGGUCUGCUGGUUCCUGUGGAUGAGGAGCAUCCCACACACCUAAUUCUGGGGGUCCUGUUGACCCUUCGCUACCUGAUGCCUCUGCUGCAGCAGCAGGUUAACACAUCCAGCCUCAAAGGAAGCUUCGGAGUCAUGAGGAAGGAGGCCGACGUCCAGCCCUCACCUGAGCAGCUCCUACAGGUGUACGAGCUGACCUUACACUACACGCAGCACUGGGAUCACAAUGUGGUCACGGCGUCUCUGGAGCUCCUGCAGCAGAUGUUCAGGACCCCCCCGCCAGAGCUCCUGCACAUGCUCAUCACAGCGGGCAGCAUCCUGCAUGGCUCCGUGUUCCGGCAGGACGCAGAGAGUCGUGCACGCUCCGGCAGCAUCCUGGAGCUCAUUGGUAAAAUGCUCUCUGGAGAGGAGGACGGCUUGGAGGAUGACGCUGAGAGAACAGAGGUCACAUUCACAGCGUCAGUCGUUGGUGCGGACGGCUCCUCGGCGGCCCAGGUGGACAUCAUAACCGAGCAGCCGCGCUCCUCCCAACAUACCCUGCAGCCCGGCGAGUCCACGGACCUCAGUGCCUCCUCGGAGCAGGGCGGCGGCGGAGGAGGCGGGACUUCGGCUUCAGACACUCCUGAGUCACCCAACGACAACGAGGAGGAAAUGCUCAGUCGCAGCUCCAGCGGUGGGGCCAACGUUACCCCAGAGACGGCCGACUACACCACCCCAGAGACGGAGGCAGUACCCUUAGGAGACGGCGGGCCUUUGCUCAGCACAAACGACCGCUCCCUUCCACCCAGCGACUCCUCGCAGACCACCACGGAGGGGCCGGACUCAGCUGUCACCCCUUCGGAUGUAGCAGAACUGGUGCUGGACGGCAGUGAGAGCCAGUACUCAGGGAUGCAGAUCGGGACAUUACAGGAUGAAGAAGAUGAAGGAGCAGCACCUUCCUCCCAGGAAGAGCCCCAGGAACCCUUCAUCCAGUCAGCUCUGGCUCUGAGCAAACCUCAUCUCUUCGACGGCCGAGGCCACAACCGGCAGGGUUCGGACAGCAGCGUGGACCGCUUCAUACCAAAGGACGAGCCCGCCGAACCUGAACCUGACAUCAAGCCAUCACGGAUAAAAGGUCCAAUCGGACAUUACACAGACCAAGGGGCGGAGCCACUGGUGCACUGUGUACGGCUUCUCGCUGCUUCCUUCCUACUGACGGGAGAGAAACAUGGUCUGACCCCUGACAAGGAGGUGCGAGUGAGCGUGAAGGCUCUGGCGGUCAGCUGCAUCGGGGCUGCAGCAGCGCUCCACCCUGAAGCCUUCUUUAAUUCCCUCUACCUGGAGCCGCUGGACGGCACUCCAGUAGUAGAACAGCAGUAUAUCAGUGACAUGCUGGGCCUGGCUGCCCACGGGGACCCCCAGAUCAGAGGGGCCAUAGCCAUCCUCUGCGGAGCCAUCAUACAAGCCGCACUCACCAAAACACGCUACAACAUACACAGCUGGCUGGCCAGUGUGCAGAGUGCAACAGGUAACCCUCUGUCCCUGGUGGACUUGUUGCCUUUGCUCCAGAGAACUCUGAAAGAUGAAUCCUCCGUCACCUGCAAGAUGGCUUGCUCUGCAGUGAGGCACUGCCUCAUGACCGUGUGCAGCAGUACCCUCAGUGAGCUGGGCCUGCAGUUGAUGAUAGACCUUCUUGCUCUGAGGGACUCGUCCUAUUGGCUCGUUCGCACUGAGCUCUUGGAGACUCUGGCAGAGAUGGACUUCCGGUUAGUGAAUUUCUUGGAGAGAAGAACAGAACAUUUGCACAAAGGGGAUCAUCACUACACUGGGCGGCUGUGCCUGCAGGACCGAGUCCUGAACGAUUUGGUCAUCCGUCUGUUGGGAGAUGACGACCCCAGAGUCCGACACGUGGCAGCGUCAGCUGUCAGCAGGAUGGUUUCCAGAUUGUUCUACGACUGCGACCAGGGUCAAGUGGACCCAGUAGUGGCGAUUGCCCGGGACCAGAGUUCAGUCUACCUGCAGCUGCUGAUGCACGAGGCCCAACCCCCCUCCCAGUUCACAGUUAGUACCAUCACAAGGACGUACAGAGGCUACAACUUGUCCAACAACGUGUCUGAUGUCACAAUCGAGAACAAUUUGUCCAGAGUCGUCACCGCCAUCUCCCACGCUUUCACCUCCUCUACCUCCAAAGCCCUGACUUUUGGCUGCUGUGAGGCCUUAUGCCUCCUGGCUACACAUUUCCCAGUGUGCACCUGGAGUACAGGCUGGCACUGCGGCUAUGUGAGCUCCAGCAGCAGCUUCUCUUCCCGCUCUAGUCUGAACCGCAGCAGGGGCCGGGCCCUCAGUGUGUCGCAGACCGGCAGUGCUCCAGCCUCUUCAGCCUCCUCCUCGUCUGCACCCGACACUGAGCGCAGGACUCUGACAGUAGGCAUGGCCAACAUGGUGCUCUCCUUACUCUCCUCCGCCUGGUUUCCACUUGAUCUGGCCUCACACCAAGAUGCACUUUUGCUGUCUGGCAAUCUGCUUGCUGCUGUGGCUCCUAAAUGCAUGCGUAACCCCUGGGCUGGAGAGGAGGAAGGCAGCAGUGGUAGCACCAACGCCAGUGGAGGCCCCAACAAGAUGGAGGAGCCCUGGGCAGGGCUGUCGGAGCGCUCCCUGGUGGCCAUGGUGGAGCAGCUCUUCUCCCACAUACUGAAGAUCCUCAACAUCUGCGCCCACGUGCUGGACGACACCCCCCCCGGACCAGCUAUUAAAGCCACCCUCCCCUCCUUGAGCAACACCCCCUCCCUCAGUCCCAUCAGGAGGAAAGGCAAGGAGAAGGAUAUUGUGGAGCCCAGUGCUGCCCCCAUGAGCCCAAAGAAAAGUGUUGACAUCAACACAGGCAGGCCAGCAGACGGCACGGGGUCCACCGCCGUAAACAAGUCUACCACCGUCGGCAACUUCUACCACCUGCCCACCUACCUCAAGCUCUACGACGUCCUCAAAGCUACACACGCCAACUACAAGGUGACGCUGGACCUCCACAGUAGUCAGGAGAAGUUUGGAGGAUUUCUGCGUUCAGCUCUAGAUGUUCUCUCUCAGCUCCUGGAGCUCACCACACUACAUGACAUCAGCAAGUGUGUGGAGGAAAUCUUGAGCUACCUCAAGUCCUGCUUCUCCAGAGAACCCACCAUGGCGACAGUUUGUGUACAACAGCUGUUGAAGACCCUGUUUGGCACCAACCUGGCCUCUCAGUGCGAGAGCGUCCUGAGCGGACCCAGCCGCUCCCAGGGCAAGGCUCUGCGCCUCGGCUCCUCCAGCCUGCGACCCGGCCUCUACCACUACUGCUUCAUGGCGCCGUACACGCACUUCACCCAGGCUUUAGCCGACGCUAGCCUACGCAACAUGGUGCAGGCCGAACAGGAGCAGGACACCUCUGGAUGGUUUGAUGUGAUGCAAAAAGCUUCGAACCAGCUGAGGUCCAACAUUGCAAACGCGACACGCCAAAGAGGAGACAAGAAUGCCAUCCACAACCACAUCCGUCUGUUUGAGCCGCUGGUCAUCAAAGCUCUGAAGCAGUACACCACCAGCACCUCGGUGGCGCUGCAGAGACAAGUCCUGGACCUGCUCGCACAGCUGGUGCAGCUCAGAGUCAACUACUGCCUGCUGGACUCUGAUCAGGUGUUCAUAGGGUUUGUCCUGAAGCAGUUUGAGUACAUUGAAGUGGGACAGUUCAGAGAUUCGGAGGCCAUCAUCCCCAACAUCUUUUUCUUCCUGGUGCUCCUUUCAUACGAGCGCUACCACUCCAAGCAGAUAAUCAGCAUCCCCAAGAUCAUCCAGCUGUGUGACGGCAUCAUGGCGAGCGGCAGGAAAGCUGUCACACAUGCCAUCCCAGCCCUGCAGCCAAUAGUCCACGACCUGUUUGUGCUGAGGGGCUCCAACAAAGCAGACGCAGGCAAAGAGUUGGAAACACAGAAAGAGGUGGUGGUCUCCAUGCUGCUCAGACUGGUGCAACACCAUCAGGUGUUGGAGAUGUUCAUCCUCGUGCUGCAGCAGUGUCACAAAGAGAAUGAAGACAAGUGGAAGCGAUUGUCAAGGCAGAUUGCUGACGUCAUUCUUCCCAUGAUUUCUAAGCAGCAGAUGCACCUGGACUCUCCGGAGGCGUUGGGGGUGUUGAACACUCUCUUUGAGACGGUGGCCCCCUCCUCUCUCCGACCUGUGGACAUGCUGCUCAAGAGUAUGUUCACCACCCCGGUUACCAUGGCUUCUGUAGGGACGGUGCAGCUGUGGGUGUCGGGGAUCCUGGCGGUGCUCCGGGUGCUCGUCUCCCAGUCUACUGAGGACAUCGUCCUGUCCCGGGUCCACGAGCUCUCCCUCACCCCUCAUCUCCUCUCCUGCCACACGAUCCGCCGCCUGCAUCAGCAGAGCCCCUCCCCAAGCGACCCCCCCGCUGCCGACACACUCUGCGGCCAGGACGGUGAGGCACAAAAAGCCCUGCCUGAGGAAACCUUCGCCAGGUUCCUGCUGCAGCUGGUAGGAGUGUUGCUGGAUGACAUUUCCUCCAGACAGGUUAAAGUGGACAUUACGGAGCAGCAGCACACCUUCUACUGCCAGCAGCUGGGCACCCUGCUCAUGUGUCUCAUACAUGUCUUCAAAAGUGGUAUGUUCCGCAGGAUCACCGCUGCAGCUACCCGCCUCCUAAAGGGUGAGGGUGGGGGUGUGCAGCCUGGAGCAGAGGCUGGCCUGUUUUACCCUUUAGAGGCUCUGAACAGCAUGGUGCAGUGGAUGAUUACCACCCACCCCUCCCUGGUGCUGCUGUGGUGCCAGGUCCUCCUCAUCAUUGACUACACCAACUACUCGUGGUGGGCAGAGGUGCACCAGACACCCAGGAGACAAAGCCUCUCGUGCACAAAGCUGCUGAGCCCUCACUCCUCAGGGGAAGGAGAAGAGGAGAAGCAUGAGACCCGGUUAGCCAUGGUCAACCGAGAGAUCGUCCGAAGGGGAGCGCUCAUCCUCUUCUGUGACUACGUGUGUCAGAACCUCCAUGACUCUGAGCAUCUGACAUGGCUGAUCGUCAACCAUGUGCAGGACCUCAUCAGCCUUUCCCAUGAGCCUCCAGUGCAGGAUUUCAUCAGCGCUGUGCAUCGUAACUCAGCUGCCAGCGGGCUCUUCAUCCAGGCCAUCCAGUCCCGCUGUGACAACCUCAGUGCUCCUACCAUGUUGAAGAAGACUCUGCAGUGUUUGGAAGGCAUCCACCUGAGUCAGUCCGGCUCCCUGCUGGUGCUGUACGUGGACAAGCUGCUCAACACGCCCUUCAGGGUUCUGGCUCGCAUGGUGGACACACUGGCGUGUCGCAGGGUGGAGAUGCUGCUGGCUGAGACACUACAGAACAGUAAAGCUCAGGUGCCUGUGGAGGAGCUCAACAGGAUCCAGGAAUACCUCCAGACCAGCGGCCUAGCUCAGAGGCAUCAGAGGUUCUACUCCCUGCUGGACAGGUUCAGAGCCACUGUUACCGACACCUGCAGCCCCACGCCUCCUGUGACAUCACACCCCCUCGACGGAGACCCGCCUCCUGCCCCAGAGCUGGUUAAUGCAGAUAAGGAGUGGUACGUGGCUCUAGUGAAGUCUCAGUGUUGUCUCCGUGGAGAUGUUUCCCUGUUGGAGACGACAGAACUCCUCACCAAACUGCCUCCCGCUGACCUCUUAAACAUCAUGAGCUGCAAGGAGUUCAACCUAAGCCUGCUGUGUCCAUGCCUGAGUAUGGGGAUGCAGCGGUGUGCCCGGGGUCAGGGGUCCCUCUUGUUAGAGACAGCCUUGCAGGUGACCCUAGAGCGGCUCGAGGGGGUCACCGGGUCACUUCCUGUCCCGCACCAGUCCUUCCUGCCACCCGCCCAGCCACAGCCCUACUGGAAACAACUAGCUGAUGUGUAUGAUGAGCCAGGUUUCUACCCCAGGGUUCUGUCGCUGUGCAGAGCGCUGUCCCAGUACCUGCUGAGUGUGAGCCAGCUGCCCUCCUCACUACACAUCCCCCCUGACAAGGAACACCUCAUCACCUCUUUCACCUGCACUGCUGCAGAGGUGGUGGCGUGGCGUCUGCUCCAGAACCAGCUGCCCCUCAGUGUGGACCUGCAGUGGGCUCUGUCCUGCCUGUGCCUGGCCCUGCAGCAGCCCUGCGUCUGGAACAAACUCUCAACUGCGGAGUACGCCACGCACACCUGCUCCCUCAUCUACUCUCUACGCCUCAUCAUCGUUGCAGUUGCUGUGAGUCCUGGUGACCAGCUUCUGCAUCCGGAGAAGAAGAAGACGAGGGCAGAGAGAGACGCCGAAGGAGACGAGGUGGACACGGCACAUGCUGACCACAUUUGCGAGUGGCAAGCAUGCGAGAUCAUGGCGGAGCUGGUGGAAGGCCUGCAGAGCAUCCUUUCCCUGGGUCACCAUAGAAACAGUGCAUUUCCCGCUUUCCUCACACCAACCCUGCGCAACAUUGUCAUCAGUCUAUCCCGGCUGCCUCUGGUCAACAGCUACACCCGAGUACCUCCACUGGUUUGGAAACUGGGCUGGUCCCCUCAGCCAGGAGGAGAGUACGGCACCACGCUGCCUGAGAUCCCUGUGGACUUCCUGCAGGAAAAGGAUGUCUUCAGAGAGUUCCUCUACCGCAUCAACACACUGGGCUGGAGCAGCAGGACUCAGUUUGAGGAGACCUGGGCCACACUGCUGGGGGUGCUGGUCACCCAACCCAUCACUAUGGACCAGGAGGAGGAGACGCAGCAGGAGGAGGACUUGGAGCGAACCCAGUUGAAUGUGUUGGCAGUGCAGGCCAUCACCAGCCUGGUGCUGAGUGCCAUGACCCUGCCCACUGCUGGCAACCCUGCAGUCAGCUGUCUGGAACAGCAGCCCCGCAACAAGAGCCUCAAAGCCCUGGAAACACGGUUUGGAAGGAAACUGGCAGUGAUCAGAGGCGAGGUGGAGAGAGAGAUUCAGUCUCUUGUGUCGAAGAGAGACAACGUCCACACACACCACCCGUACCACGCCUGGGACCCUGUGCCCUCGCUGUCGGCAGCCUCCGCUGCAGGCACACUGAUCAGCCAUGAGAAGCUGCUGCUUCAGAUCAACACAGAGAGGGAGAUGGGAAAUAUGGACUACAAACUAGGACAGGUCUCCAUCCACUCAGUGUGGCUAGGUAACAACAUCACCCCACUGAGAGAGGAAGAAUGGGGGGAGGAUGAAGAAGAUGAAGCAGACACUCCAGCCCCCACCUCCCCGCCCACAUCUCCUAUCAACUCCAGGAAGCACCGUGCAGGAGUGGACAUUCAUUCAUGUUCCCAGUUCCUCCUGGAGCUCUACAGUCAGUGGCUGAUCCCCGGCUCCCCGAGCAACAGGAGGACCCCGACCAUCCUCAUCAGUGAGGUGGUCCGAUCGCUGCUGGCGGUGUCGGACCUGUUCACAGAGAGGAACCAGUUCGACAUGAUGUUCUCCACCCUGAUGGAACUGCAGAAGCUCCACCCCCCAGAGGACGAGAUCCUCAACCAAUACCUGGUGCCUGCCAUCUGCAAGGCUGCCGCCGUCCUGGGAAUGGACAAAGCAAUAGCGGAGCCCGUGUGCCGCCUGUUGGAGACCACCCUGCGCAGCACCCACCUGCCCAGCCGCAUGGGGGCUCUGCAUGGGGUGCUGUACGUGUUGGAGUGUGACCUGCUGGACGACACGGCCAAACAGCUCAUUCCCACCAUCUCCGAGUACCUGCUGUCCAACCUGCGGGCCAUCGCUCACUGUGUGAACCUGCACAACCAGCAGCAUGUGUUGGUGAUGUGCGCCGUGGCCUUCUACAUGAUGGAGAACUACCCUCUGGACGUAGGGGCUGAGUUUAUGGCUGGCAUUAUACAGGUGUGUGGUGUGAUGGUGUCGGCCAGCGAGGACUCCACCCCCUCCGUCAUCUACCACUGUGUGCUGCGGGGCCUGGAGCGCCUGCUGCUGUCGGAGCAGCUGUCCCGCGUGGACGGAGAAGCGCUGGUCAAACUCAGCGUGGAUCGAGUCAACAUGCCGUCGCCACACAGAGCCAUGGCUGCCCUGGGCCUCAUGCUCACCUGCAUGUACACCGGCAAGGAGAAAGCCAGCCCUGCCAGUCGCCCCGCCCACUCUGACCCUCAGGCCCCGGACAGCGAGUCCAUCAUUGUUGCCAUGGAGAGGGUCUCUGUGCUCUUUGACAGGAUCCGGAAAGGUUUACCCAGCGAGGCUCGGGUCGUGGCCAGGAUCCUUCCCCAGUUUCUGGACGAUUUCUUCCCCCCACAGGACGUCAUGAACAAGGUCAUCGGAGAGUUCCUGUCCAAUCAGCAACCUUACCCACAAUUCAUGGCCACUGUCGUCUACAAGGUGUUCCAGACCCUCCACGCCACAGGACAGUCCUCUAUGGUGAGAGACUGGGUGCUGCUGUCCCUGUCUAACUUCACCCAGAGGACGCCGGUGGCCAUGGCGAUGUGGAGCCUCUCCUGUUUCUUCGUCUCCGCCUCCACCUCCCAGUGGAUCUCUGCCCUACUGCCACAUGUGAUCAGCCGUAUGGGCUCCAGCGAGGUGGUGGACGUCAACCUGUUCUGCCUGGUGGCCAUGGACUUCUACCGGCACCAGAUCGACGAGGAGCUCGACCGCAGGGCCUUCCAGUCCGUGUUCGAGACCGUGGCCUCGCCGGGGAGCCCCUACCACCAGCUGCUGGGCUGCCUGCAGUCCAUCCACCAGGACACGUCCCUCUGAGGGGGGGGGGGGGAACAUGGAGGCAGACGGAGAGAGGCGGGGGGCAACGGAGCACGGGGAGAAAAGUGGAUUAGAGUGGGAAAUGUGGUAGGGCGAGAAAUGAGAUCUCCAUUUACUCCUCCCCAUUAUAGCUGGAGGGGAAUGUUUCAUUAGAAAGGUCUGCUGUAGCCCGUUCCCUCCUGAAAUGAGAACUACUGAUGAAUUCAGUAGAGCAAGCAGAAAGAAAAACAAAAAGUAGCUCAACGUUGUGGACAAAAUGUCUAAACCGUUCACCUAGAUGAAGGACACCGGCUGCAAAUCCUUCAAACUGUGGUUCCACCUACAACCACACCCCCCCACCCACAGACCAUUCCUCCGAACGACGGCACCUUGAACACCUCCUCCCACCCAGCACCUUGAUUAAAAAAAAAUAACAUUAAUCAAACACAGAGAUUGGAUUAGUUUAUUUUCCUGUGAGGACUUGCUUGAGUAUUGUGAUGUCAGUAAAGUCAAAUAGAAGAAAAAGAAAAUUAGAAAAUGCAUAGUAUUUACUAUAUUUAAAGUUUCAAUGCAUCUAUUUUUCAGUGCGUUUAGUAAAGAGUGCUUAAGGUCGGGUUAGGACAAUGGGCUGACACAAAUGCCUGCAUAAUGUUGUUGAUAAUUAUAAUCUCUAAAGACCUUUUUUAUAUUUAUGUUACUCUGGGUCAUUCUCUGACACACCCGAGUUGAAUAGUAAAUCUUUUAUGUGUAAGAAUGAUCACUAAUAGCCAUAUCAUUUUUUUUCUUUCUCCAGUGACGAGAAAAUGGAUGUUAUUUUGUCAAAGGACAUUUCUGUAUCUGUGCAGGCAUUCUGGAUGUUAUAAAGAACUACAGGUAAAAACCUCUCACUCUUUUGAGUUUUCCAAAUUCUACAUAUUUGUAGCCCUUUCACAACACUAAAGAGGGUGGGAAAUACCAAGCAAAAAAUACCAAAAUUGCAGUGAUGUCUAAUUGUUUCAACCAGUAGCAUGCGGGGAAAGUAUUUCCUCCUAUGACUUUUAUCAUAUUGCUAAAGUCCGUGUUUUUUCAUUCGUUAUUUUUCAAGUCUUGUGUGCUCCCCAUGCACCUGAAUGAUUCCACCUGUCCAUUUCCUGUACUCUUUUAAUUCUCAGGAUGUAAGAUGUGACUUUUAAUGUUGUACUAAGACUGGAAGUGAUUUGCAGUCUUUAAAUGGAUUUACAUUUGUAUCUUGUAAAAAAAAUAUAUAUUGUAAAGUAGUAUGAAAGCCAUGGUGCAUGAUGAAGUAAGAUCUGUGUUAAGAGGAGAGAUGUUUAAAAUAGACGGUAAGAUAAUGUGAAUGUUUUUCUGUCUUAACACAUAUUCAUGAUGAGAAAAUCACUCGGCAGAAAGUAUUUUAUUGAAGACUUGACCUCGAGUUGCCUGGGGAGCGUUACUCUGUACAUACACUUGCCUUAGAUAAAGACUGAAUAUAUGUAUGUCCUGUACACUGAAAGCUUGAAAGCAUGCUUAGCGUUAAUGCUAAUUUUCUUGCAUAGUCCUUAAUACUGUAUUCCCGCAGAGGGUAUGGUUGCCAUGAGUGGAAGAGAUGUGACGCAAUCCAAAGGGAGCCUUGUAACCUUAGCGAUCAACCGCAGCUUUGACAAAUCAACAGAUGAGAAAGUGUAGCCUAGCGAUGCCACGGUGACGGCGGGAGCUUUUCUGUUUUUGUGUUGAAUUUUAAAUAUUUCACUCAUCGUUGUGCAGAAUAUUAAAUACACCAAGCACUUACACUUGGACUAACUCAUG